AUGGCCGGCGACGUCGCGCGUGAGGCCCUCCGGGCGCGCGUGCGGGCGAUGCCGUGGGCGGUGCGGCUGCAGCUCCGCGCGCUCGAGGCCGGCGUCGACGCCACGCAGCGCCGGGACGGCACCAUCAACCGCUUCCUCUUCUCGCUGCUCGUGGAUAGGGAUGCGCCCGCCAACCCCGCGCGCCCGGACGCGCUCGGCGUCCGCUCCGUCGACGCUUCCACCGGCGUGCGAGCCCGCGUCUACUUCUCCUCCGCGCCCACGGCCACCGAGACAGAGCCCUCGCCGCGGCCUGUGAUCGUUUACUUCAACGGCGGCGGCUUCACGUACUUCUCCGCGGCCACGCGCCCCUACGACGCGCUCUGCCGCACCAUCUGCCGCGAGACCGGCGCCGUCGUCGUGUCCGUCAGCUACCGCCUCGCGCCCGAGCACCGCUUCCCCGCAGCCUACGACGACGGUGAGGCCGCCCUCCGGUACCUCGCCACUACCGGCCUCCCCGCCGAGAUACCCGUCCGCGCAGACCUCGCCCGCUACUUCCUCGCCGGCGACAGCGCGGGCGCCAACAUCGCGCAGCACGUCGCGCAGCGCUGGACGGCGGCUGCCACGGCCGGAUGCCGCCUCACCAAGCAGCGCGCGGUAGAACGGAACACAGUUCGAUCCAAAAACCGCUCGAUCUGGUCGAUCGAGGAGGGGCAGUCCGGCAAAGAAUAA